AGAGACUGGCCAGACCACUUCCCUGUCAGCACAUUCAUCGCUCGCGUCACUCUCGUCGCUCUCGUCAACAACAUCUGGGCAGGGAGGCAGUUCUACCUCCCACCAGCCCAUUCUAGCUGGCUGCCAGGGCCUUCGCAUUGACUGGGACGUCCCCGGCGGCUCAUUUCUCGAAACGUUCCCAGUCGCUCGGUGCUCCCAAGGUUGCGGUGGUGUCACGUUCGCGCUCGACUUGACAGGUCCUGUUCCCAUUGCUCGCGCGUCAGCCUGUUACCAGCAGUCGACCAUCACCAGCCUUUGUGCUGAGUGUCAAAACCUUGGGCCUCAGAUUGAGCAUCUCCGCUCGAUGGCUCUUGGUGAACCUGCACCGCACACGAACUACCACCUCCUGAGUCAUCACCAGCUCACCGACGUCAUCCGCUCUAUGAGCCACACCAAUAAUACGCUCAAACUCAAUAUAUUGAAUUUGACGCGACGGCUCGGCACUACGCUUACGCGCCUUGAUGCAUUCAAUGCGCUCGUGAUGGCCCUUGCAGAAGAGGAUGUCCCCCGCCUUCAGCAGCUCAUUGCGACAGCAGUGCGGCAUGGUGACAGUGUGCGUACAAUCAUCAAUCGCAUCGAGGAAGCAGUGACACGCGUGUACUCUCCUCGCGGUUAUGAUCAAGAAGACUACGAUAUUGGCCUGCUCGCAUAUCGCCUUGGCGGGCGUCAGCUCUUAGCUGUCCUCAACAGGCGGCUCUCACUCCCCUCCCUUCGUACUCUGCAGCGUCAUCAAGUCUUCAUCAACGUCCACAUCACCAUCGGAUCGAUUUGCCUUGCUGAUUUCAUCACCAACAUCCGCAACACCGUCUUCCCCUCCUCCUCCUCCACUGCCACCAGGCUUGCCGGUCAUACCAUCUGCAUUGACGAAAUUGCGCUUCAGGAAAAAGCCGAUUACAACAGCAAAACCCAGCAGGUUAUGGGCAUAUGCCACCAGCACGCCUCCGCUGUCAACCUCACGCUCACGAACACUGAGUCCGCCAUCCGCAUCGCCGAGUCACUUGCCCGAGAAGAAUGCCAUCUUGGCAAGGAGGCGACCGUCAUUGCUGUUACCACGUGGGGAAACGACAGCAUCUAUCCCCUCCUUGCGGCUGCUUCCUGCAAGUCGGAGACACCUGCUCAGAUCGGCGACAUCAUGCAGACAGCCAUUCGCAGCUGGAACGAAUCAGGUGCACGCGAGAAACUCGGACCCAUAUGGUCAGUCGCCACUGACGGCGAUGCAACUCGGCGCCGGGGCUUUCAUGACAACUUCCUCAAGCAUGAACUCGACGAGCUCCACGCAGUCAGCCAACUCCGAGUCGCAGUAAGGACCGUUCGCGUUAUGCCCGGGCUCAACCGCUUCGUCGGGGACGACGGGAUUACCCUCGACUUUGACUACAAGCAUAUCUUCAAGCGUGAGUUUUCUGUUUUAUUCCUCGUUCGUUUUUGCUCACAUGAAUCUCAGGCUUGUGCACGCAGCUUCGGUCGCCCAAGGGUAUCACCCUUAACAAUGGUCAUGUCAUGA